AUGAAAAUUAAGCAAUUGACCACACUAAAAAUUAUUGUUGUAAUCUUUCUCAGUUGUUAUACUUUAAUUUAUAGAAAACAAUAUGUUAUACAAAAUUACAUCUCUCUAUUAUAUUUACUUGGAUAUAUCAUUGAUUUAAUUCUUUCAAUACUUGCUCAUUAUGCAAUAAAAAGUAAAUUCUUUCAACAAUUCAAAUGUUAUAAUGAUGAUACUACAGUGAUAGAAUUUCAUUGUUUAUUAAUGAAUGUUUCACUUUCAUUUUUAGCUACAAAAAGUCAUUCAGCAAUCUACAUUCAUAUAAUAUGUUUAUUACUUGUAUUUCUUUUAUCUAUAGCAAUUUUAUGUAACAUUCAGUUUAUGAGAUUUAGAGUUCCAUUUACAUAUUGUGAAUUUGGAACACAUAUUUCAUUAAUUCUUCUUUUAAUUUUUGUUCAACAACCUCAAUUUAUUUUAGCACCAUCAACAAUUCAAUCAUUUAUAAAAAAUUAUCCACCAAUAAUAAUGAUGUGGAUUUUUUUACUUGUAUUAAUGGUAGUAAUUGCAUUUCUUCCACACCAACCAAUGUAUGUUUCUGUCCAACGUAAAUCAUUUCAUUUUAUUGCUGCUUUAAUCUAUACACUUGGGAUUCGUUCAAAUGCUUUAUUCUUAUCAGUUCUUAGUAACAAUCUUGUGAUUUUAUUUGUUAUUCUUGACUUUCUUAGAAUUCAAUUCGCACCAAAUGGUACUCUUUCUCAACUUUUCCAACGAUACAGAGAUUCACACCAAGACCCAAACCUUUCAUCAGGAUUUCCUGCUUUUCUUUUAUUAUAUGUAAACACUUUACCACUAUUAUUAUUUAGAAGUCAUUUUCAUUGUGCAAUUAUUUCUACUAUAAUUACUGUUGACAUAGGUGAUGCAUUUGCAGCAAUUAACUCUGAAUUACCAAUUCAGAUGUCUAUAAAUGCAUUAAGUGUAGAUCCAUUUGCAGGGAUAGAAGAUUUAAAAGAGAGUACUAAUCCGACAGUUUCUAAAAAACAACCUAAAUUGCUUUCACAAAAAGAACAAUAUAAACGACUUUCAAUUGUAGAUUCAUCUUAUGAACAAGAGUUAUUACAACGACCUCGAGAAAGUGAAAAAGAGUUGGGGAGUUGGGUUGGUUGUUCAGUGGAUCCACUAAUGAUACCACCAGAAGAUGAUUUAACAAUUGAGAAAUUAAUAGCUGAAUUUUUAUGA